CAAAGUUCUAAAGCUUGUUUCCAAAGCCUCGUAAAUAAAUAGUCUGGCAACAUUUGUGUGAAUGUGCAUUCAUUCAAGUAGCUCGUUUGCUUGAAGCAAAACAUGGCAUCUUUUAUUCUUUCCUUCUUGCUUUUGAUUCUGGGCAUGCAAGCAAAUAGAGCAGUGGGUUGCAUUGAGAGGGAGAGGAACACACUUCUCAGCUUUAAAGCUGGCCUAACCGAUCCAUUCAACUUCUUGUCUUUGUGGGAAGGGCGCGAUUGUUGUAAAUGGACGGGAGUCGUCUGCAGCAAUACAACGAGACAUGUUGUGAAGCUCAAACUCGGAAAUUUAGCAUUGAGCGGUGAGAUCAACCCAUCUUUGUCUCUUUUAAGUGAUCUGAAGCAUUUAGAUCUCAGCAUGAAUAACUUUAACGGCAUAAGCAUUCCUACACAUAUAGGUUCUUUGCAUAAGUUGAAAUAUCUUAACCUCUCUAAUGCUUGUUUUAGUGGAACUGUGCCUGCUCAACUUGGGAAUCUCUCAAAUCUCCGCUAUCUUGAUCUUAGUGUUGAGCUUUCUCUUUCUUGCAUGAUGAGUGUAGGCAAUAAUAUGUGGUGGCUCAGCCAGCUUUCUUCUUUGAAGUAUCUUGAUAUGAGUAAUGUGUACUUAGGUGAUGUUCCAAAUUGGCUCGAAACUAUAAACAUGCUUCCUUCCUUGGAAGUGCUUCACUUGCCAAACACUCUUCUCAAUGGAAUUCCUUCGUCGCUAUCGGAUGUCAACAUUACAGCUCUAAAAGUACUUGAUUUAGGGAAUAACGGCAUCAACUCUACCUUACCCACAUGGUUGUGGAAUCUUACUCACGUCACUUAUCUCGACCUUUCGUUCAAUAAUUUCCAAGGACUCAUUCCUGAUGAACUUAGCUCUUUGAAGUCCCUCAGUUCCCUUUUUUUAAAAUAUAAUAAUUUCAAAAGUAUGUCUCCGAGAGCAUUUCGCAAUCUCUGCAACUUGAAUACUUUGGAUUUGAGCGAAAUCGGCUUCAGUGGGGAUAUUUCGGAAUGGAUGGACGCAUUGGCGGGUUGCGCACUUUAUAAGUUACAGAACUUGUAUUUGGGAUAUAACAACUUGAAAGGGAAUCUCUCAGGAUGGUUAGAAAACAUGACUGGUCUAAGUUCUUUGGAUUUGAGUUACAACUCACUCAACGGGACUAUCCCAUUAGGAGUUUGGGAGAUGCCUAAUAUAACAUAUUUGGAUCUUUCUAGCAAUUCAUUCGAGGGUGUCGUAUCUGAGGUCCAACUUAAUCAUCUUGGAGGAAUACAAGAACUUUUCCUUUCGAAUAACUCCAUAGUGGUUCGGUGCAGCGACGAUUGGAUACCUUCUUUCCAAAUCGAAGCAUUUGGAUUGGCAUCAUGCCAGUUAGGACCCAAAUUUCCUACUUGGCUCCAAGGACAAACACAACUUGAAUAUCUCGAUCUAUCAAAUAAUCAAAUUGUUGAAACACUUCCCAGUUGGUUUUGGACUAUAUCUCAAUCCCUAAAUUAUGUGGAUUUAUCCAAUAAUCAAAUCAAGGGAAAUUUACCACUUUUAUCAGACCUUACGAUGUUACAGAUGUUGAAUUUGAGCACUAAUCAAUUUGAAGGCCCAUUGCCAUCUUUACCACCUGCUAUUAUAUCAUUGGAUCUCUCCAAUAAUUUCUUUGAAGGUCCAUUAUCAACCUCUAUAUUACCAGAACUAUCCUUCUUGAUUCUAUCUAAUAAUAAUUUCGACGGCACUAUACCACACUCUUUAUGCAAAUCAUUUGAUUUAAUGCUUCUCGACCUAUCAAGGAACAACCUAUCUGGAGAACUUCCUCAAUGUUUAGGGAGAUCACAAGAGAGACUAUUUAUUGUAGAUUUGAUGGGCAACAAUCUUUCUGGGGGAGUUCCUGACUCUAUUUGUUAUCAAGAAAGUUUGUCAUUAUUGAACUUGGACAAUAACAACCUGUCAGGAGAAUUUCCUUCUUCUUUGCAACGUUGCAAAGAGUUAGUUUUUCUUGACCUCGGGCAGAACAAGUUCUCCGGAGCAAUACCAACAUGGAUUGGAGAAAAGAGUUUGUCAUCUCUCAUGCUUCUGAGCUUGCAUUCAAAUAUGUUUUCUGGCAGCAUUCCCCCACAAGUUCUACAGCUUGGAUAUCUUCAAGUGUUGGAUCUUUCUCAUAACAAUCUUUCAGGAAUUAUACCCCGAUCUAUUGGCAACUUUAGUUGGACUGCUUUGGAAAGAGGAGGAAAGACAGAAGAUGUGGAACAAUUAGAGCAAGGAAGAUUCUAUACCUUUUCAGCUAGUUUUUUGCUCGUAAUAAAAGGGGAUGAACGUCUCUAUUCAAAUAUUCUCGACCUUUUGGAGAGCAUAGAUCUUUCUGAUAAUAACUUGUCCGGGGAGAUUCCUGACGAGAUUGGAGAUUUGUGGGCACUACAAAACUUAAAUUUGUCGCAAAAUCACUUAUCAGGAAGUAUUCCAGACAAUGUCGGCAAAAUGAAGUAUUUGGAAUCUCUCGACCUUCGAAUGAACAAUCUUUCUGGCACUAUUCCGCAAAGCCUCUCCGCACUGACUUAUUUGAAUCACUUAAAUUUGUCGUACAAUAAUCUAUCAGGACCGAUUCCGACAGGAAAUCAACUGCAAACCCUUCCUGACCCGUCCAUUUACAUUGGCAAUCCAUAUCUUUGUGGACCACCGAUUACUAAAAAUUGCUCUACAAAUGAAACAAUUCAUGGUUUUAGCGAAGGGCCGACAAACACAUCUAACAAGUUUGAAAGAUUAUCGCUCUAUGUCAGUGUGAUAUUGGGAUUUAUCACAGGAUUUUGGGCUGUUUCUGGUAGUCUAUUAAUCAGCAAAUCUUUCAGGUAUGGUUAUUUCACUUUGAUUGAUACGACGUAUGAUAAGCUAUAUGUUGCAGUCGCCUUAGCACUUGCUAGAUUGAGGAGAAAAAUUGAGCAAUCUGAAUAGUAGCAUAUUUUGUUGAUUUAUUAUAUAUGCUAGAAUGUUUUUAGUACUUUGCUUUUCA